UCACACGUCCUGUGAGAUUGAGUCAUCAUCAUCGACGACGACUCUUUUCACUUCAAUUUCAAACAUGGUGUUACAUAACUAACAACAUUGUCCUUCCUCCGGUGUACUUUUCCAUGGAAGAAUUAUGCGACUUUUUUUUGUGGGAUCGUUCUUAAUCUUUUACCGGAACAAAUGAUGAGUUGGUUAGUCUAAUUCUACCUCCAUGGUACGACAGUACACACACACACUGACAGUGACACACACGUGACAGUUGUUGUUAACUGUUGUUGUUUGUCGCUCGAUGUCAUGACAGCAGACGCAGUGUGUCACACCCAGGCCAGAGCAGUGUACGCCUUCAGUUCUGUAAGUACUGAAACCUGACAGGCUGUUCAUUCGUAAUUUAAAACAUCAAAGAAAGAGAGAGAUACCCAUCAACAACACACAUCAAGCACAGUGCAUUACCUUCUGAAGGACGUUCAGCCAGGACUAGACUGCACCGUACUGUAAAGUAAGUGACAGGCCAGACGGUUGACGAGAACGAUGGCGUCUUUCUGGCAGCAGACACGUGCCUUGCUGUAUCGUAACUUCAUGUUUAAGAGAAAUGACAAGAUGUUUCAGGAAUUUUUUUUGCCCUGUUUAUUCAUGGCAAGUAUGUAUGGUAUCAGUCUGUCAGCGAGACCCCAAGUGUUUAACCCACUAGAGUACAAGGACUUCCAAGACCACAGUCUUCUGAAUAUGUCCUUCCUCCCGAACACCUCCUCGCCAUGGGCGUUUGCACCCAACACUCCAAGCACCCAAGCGGUAAUGCUGAGUGUUAGGGCGUACUUUGGAUCAGGAAUGCCAGAGUUUCUGGCAUUUGACAGCGAAGCGGAGCUUGUGGGGAACUUCACAGCGCAAGAGGUUCCGCCGUUCUCCAUCGGUGUUGUGUUUAACAAUGAUUUCCCGCAGGACUUGGCUGUGACUAUACGCAUGACGUACUCGUCGACACCGCUUACCGCUCAAGGGGAGAGGUUUACCACAGAACAGUCGUGUCGUCUGGAGAAUUUCCCUGCCGGCCUGAAUAGCUACAACUGCCCGGCAAAUCAGUAUCUGUAUUCCGGUUUUGCUGCUCUUCAAGUUGUCCUUCAAAAUGCUGUUGCCUCGCUGCAUACUAAUGAGACGAUCUCACUUCCUGAUGUAUCGGUCAGAAUGUUUCCGAAGGGUGCAUUUGUAUUAACCUCUCCCACUAUCAGGGUUGUCAAUUCUCUGUACUACAUCAUGAUGUACUUAGUUUACAUCGGUGUCCUCCUGUCCGUCCUUGUGUAUGAGAAAGAGAAGAAGAUUAAGGAAACAAUGCUGAUGAUGGGCAUGAACAAUGGCCCUUACUGGCUGUCAUGGUUUAUAACGUACACCUCCAUCAUUCUCUUUGUAUCAAUCUUGAUUGCGGUUCUGAGUAAAUACGCCAUUCAGAUCGUCCUGAAAGGCAACUUCCUCAUUCUGUAUCUGAUCAUGGCUGGCUAUGGCUUGUCAAUUGUCAGCAUGGCGUUCAUGUUUACGCCGUUCUUCAACAAGGCAACUGUCGCUGGGGCAGUGGGCUCUCUGGUGACCCUGGUGCUCUCUUUCCUCUAUAUCCCGAUGUCGUUGAUUGUAGGCACCCCCUCCGUGGUCAAAUGGCUGCUGUCUUUCCUCUCCCCUGUGGCCAUGGCCCUGGCAAUGGAUCAGGCAAUUGGAUUGGACCAACUCGGAGUAGGUAUCCAGUUUGAUAACAUGGGUAUAGACGGCUUUCCUCCAUACGUAGUCAUGCUGUAUGUAGAUGCAGUGCUGUACUUCUUGCUAGCGAUCUAUUUUGACAAUGUCGUCCCAGGAGCCUACGGCCGACACAAGCCCCUGUUCUUCUGCUUCAUGCCCUCGUAUUGGAGCAGAAAAGAACGCAAUGCUUAUGGAAGCAGUUCACCAAUAGAUAACGAGGUCGUGAAUAACGAUGAAGGAGAUGUUGAGCUGGUAUCACAGGAGAUGAAAGGCAGGGCCUCGAUCAGAAUUCGCAACAUGAAGAAGACCUUCAAAGGACCAAAGAAUAAGCCCGACAUCCAAGCAGUUAGAGGUAUGGGCUUGGACAUCUAUGAAGGCCAGAUCACUUGUCUUCUAGGUCACAACGGCGCGGGUAAAACAACCCUCAUCAACAUUCUGACCGGACUAUUAGCGCCAGACAGUGGCCAGGCUACUAUCUACGGCUACGACAUCCGGGAUCCGAUACAGUUACAGAAAGUCCGGUCCAUGGUUGGGGUGUGCUCCCAGGAGAACACCCUGAUAGAGGCUCUGUCAGCGAGGGAGCACCUGAGGGUCUUUGCUGGACUGAAGGGAAUUCCGUCAGAGAAUAUCGAAGAGGAGGUGAACAAGAUAUUGAAGCUGACCCUUCUAGAUGAUGUGGCAUCCACUGUCUCCAAGAGUUUAAGUGGGGGACAGAAACGCAAACUGUGCGUUGGAAUCGCUCUUAUUGGCAAUCCAAAGGUGAUCUUCCUAGAUGAACCAAGCAGUGGAAUGGAUCCAUAUUCCCGUAGAGAGCUUUGGACUCUACUCAAGAGUCAGCGACACGGAAAGGUUACCGUACUCACCACACACUUCAUGGAUGAAGCUGACAUACUGGCAGAUCGGAAAGCCAUGAUGUCCAAGGGUAACUUAAGAUGCUACGGAUCUUCACUCUUCCUGAAGUCAAGAUUUGGGAUUGGAUACCAUCUUGGCAUGGUGGUAGACCAGGAUAUAGACACUGACAGGAUUACCGAGAUUGUAACGAGUCACAUCCCAGAGGGUAAAGUGUCACGCAGUCACGGCAUGGAGCUCGCCUACACACUACCCCUGAAAGACACUAACAGGUUCCCUGAUCUUUUCCAAGCUCUGGAAGAGCCUUGCAAGGAGAGUUCUUCCCAGAAGACGGUCGCUCAAGAUCUUGGCAUCCAGACCUACGGGGUAUCCAUGACAUCCCUCGAAGAAGUGUUUCUUAAACUGAAUGAGGAGGAGGAGGCUGAAGAGGCACAAGCUGAUGAUGUUCUUGGCACUUCAGAUCGUACGCCAAUCAAUGUGACCGGCACAAACUACAACAGUCGAGAUCCCGUCUUGUUGAGUGUCAGUGAAAUCAUCACCAAGCCUCUGGAGCCCAGCAAGUACCAGAUCAAAGCGUUCUGUAAACUCCUCUUCAGCCAAAUGCUGCGAGAUCCAGGGACAUACUUCACUCGCGUCUUCUUCCCUGUGGCUUAUAUAAUAGUAUCAGUCAUCUUGCAAGCAACGAUCACAUUCACCCCUCCCAUCAACAAGAACCCAGAUAGUUUGGCCCUGGUUCCGAGUCUGUACCUAGAGACUAGUGAAGCCGCACCCAUGUAUGACUCACUCACUUCCCUACUGUACCAAGACAACCUGGCUGCAAGUGAGAAUAUCUCAUUGUUGGUCGAUCAGUUUGAGCAAAUGGGUAUUCAGAGUGACACCAUAGCAAACAUGAGUGCCAUGUUUUCUCAAGCGCCACACAACAUGGCCACUGUGGUUAACACUUUGGGAACGUCCAGCGCGACACCAGGCUUCGUUGCACUGUACAACGACACUGCCAUGCAUUCUCUGCCAAUCAUACUGGGUCUACUGAAUAAUGCCUUGGUGCCGUUGCAGACAGCGGGCCAGACCUUCCUGAACAUGACCGUUUUCAACCACCCGUUCCCCCAGUCUUCCAGCACGCAGAGUUACACCUUCAACUCAGGUUUCUUCCUGGUGUUGUUACUCUUCAUGGCUUUCAGUUCACCACCAGGGGGGUUUGUCGUCAACAUUGUCAAGGAACGACAGGAAGGGGUGCGGACCCAAAUGCGAGUUUCGGGAGUCAGCGCUGGUAGCUACUGGGGUUGCCACCUCAUCAUCGACUGUACCCAGAUGUACGCUAUUGCUCUGGUGGGGGUGAUUGCCAUCGUCGUCAUUGGCUUGGCGCUGGGAAACUCUUCCCUCUUUACCGUCGGAGGGCUGUUCUUUUUUAUCGUGUUCAUGCUCUUGUUCUUACCGAUGUACGCAAUGUUUGCGUAUUGUAUUAGCUUCAUCUUUACUGAGUAUCAAAGCGCGCAGAGUGGAUCGCAACUGUUUUUUACAUGGCUUCCUUUUGUUUUUGGCAUUCCUGUUAUGAUGGUUGAUCUAAUCGGGGACUCGACCAUAGCAACCAUUCUUCACUUCAUCUUCUGUUUUCUGUAUCCACCUUAUACUCUCUUCGGUGGGCUGUAUUACAUCAGUAAGGUUUAUGAAAUCGCCAAACUUGGAGCUGGCGUGGAGAAUAUCACCUUUGGAGACUACUUUGCGUUUGACACCCUCAUCAUCCCUACAUUACUGUGUGUUCUAGUGGAUUUGGUCAUAGUGGUGUUCUUGCUGCGCUUCUUGGAGAUCCAGAACACAGGAGGCAAUGUUAGAGAUACGUGUUUCUGCAGUCAGGGGAAUGUAGACUCAGUCCUCCCAAAUAGGGAUCAGAUCCCAGAUGAGGAUGAUGAUGUGGAAGCAGAGAGAAGCAGAGUCAAGGAGAUGUUUGAGCAGAAUGGUCAGAAUGAGAAAUGUGCUGUUGCCGCCAUGGGCAUUCGCAAGGAGUUCACCAAGGGUGGAGGCUGCUGCGGUGGGGAGGAAUCCAAAGUCAAGGUCGCUGUGCGUAAUCUGACACUCUCGGUGAAUGAAGGUGAAGUCAUGGGUCUACUGGGGCCCAACGGCGCUGGUAAAACCACCUCCAUGAAUGUCAUUACUGCAGAUACUAAAGCCAACAGGGGACAGAUUAAAAUUGCUGGCCAUGACAUCACCUCUUCCCUGAGUGACGUAUACCAGGUGAUGGGUUAUUGCCCCCAGCAUGAUCCUCUGUUUGAAAACAUCACCAUGCGUGAGCACAUUGAGACCAUCGGAAUGAUCAAAGGAAUACAUCCAGAUGAUGCUAAAAAUGUAGCCCAACAUUUCAUGGAUGGUCUUGAGAUCUCGGAGCAUGCUGAUAAGAAGUCUCAGGAGUUGUCUGGAGGAACUAAGAGGAAGCUUUGUUUUGCCAUGAGCAUGCUUGGAACCCCCAAGAUUGUGUUCCUUGAUGAACCCUCUACCGGGAUGGAUCCAACAUCUAAGAGAUACGUCUGGAACACGAUUAUUGCAAGUUUCCGCAAGGACCGAGGGGCGGUCCUCACGACUCAUUCCAUGGAAGAGGCGGACGCAGUGUGCUCUCGAGUUGGAAUCAUGGUCUCUGGGAAGUUGGUAUGUCUAGGAACCACCCAGCACCUGAAGAGUAAGUACGGUGGAGGAUACAUCCUAGAAGUGAAGCUCAACCCAGGGGAAGCUUACUACUCUAUGGACCAUUCCAGCGGACAGGCAGCCCAGCUUCUUAACCAACACCUCUCAGCAUUGGACCAGACCAUUCGACAGGUCUUUCCUGCCGUGGAGGUUACGGAGACUUUCGGGGAGCGUGUGACGUACCGCAUCCCGAAGGAUGGUGUUACUUCAUUGUCGGAAGUCUUCAAGGCGAUGGAAGAUGGCAAAGAGAACCUCCAUGUUGAAGAAUACAGCUUCAGUCAAGCUACGCUAGAACAGGUGUUCAUCGAGUUUGCUAAGCAGCAACGUGAAGAAGAUGAGACUCGUGAAGGCACUGCGUCAAGUUCACGUCCAGGGAGUGCAAACAACAGAAUCAAUGCAAACACAGGAGAGAUAGUCUAGAAAGCUUGCAUCAUCCAGAUAUUGGCAAGUGUCUUUAAUCUGUGGAUGUAGAUUUGGUGAAUUAUCUUGGUUGAUAGAGUGUCAAUAAUGAGGCUUGUCAUUUGUUCAGAAUUGUAAAUGGGUUGAUAUUAGGAAGGUUUAGCUGUAUGUUAGGCAAGCAAAAACGUGAGCUUGAACGUCAGAAAAUUGUGUUGUUAAAAUCUCACCUUUUAAGCAUACGUGAAGUAACCAUUUCUCACAUCAGGUAUGUACAUGCAGACGUCAUACAUGAGCAUGCAAUAAGCCCAAAGUGGUGACGUCACCUAGAAGUGACACAAUUUUCUGACAUUCACAUAUUUUCCUCGUAACGUGCAGCUAAACCGUGUUGGAAAGACUUCUCCUAGGCCAUUCAGAUUAGGGGAUUAAAGCACAAUUCUUAUCUCUGAAAGUAUUAACAAGGUCUAAAACAACUUAAUUUUUUGUAGAAAACGGGUUUACCGAUGAAAAUGGUUUUGAACACAACCAACCAGAGUAAUUUAUAUAAAUUUAUAUUUUGUAUGUACGGGUGGGGACACACCGUGCUGAGUGUCCCAAGUUGAAGUUUUUCUCGGGACAUGUAAUGUAACCAAAGAGCGCUUUCAGAUUAAAAUAUAUAUGUUAAUAAAUGUAUCUUUUAUGUUCUUCAGUUAUUAAAGGCAGUGGACACUAUUGGUAAUUACUCAAAAUAAUUAUUAGCAUAAAACCUUACUUGGUAGUGAG